AUUAUUUUUUGAUUAACAGUGCGGAAAGCGGACAUAGUCAUGAUGGGUACUCGGGCUAAUAUUUUCAAUGAAUCUUUUCUGAACGAAACAGAUCAGGAUGCUAAUUCAGUGCUAAUUGAGCUGGAUAAAGGUUUAAGAUCAGCGAAAACCGGCGAGCAAUGUGAAGCGAUUAUCAGGUUCCCCAAACUUUUUGAAAAGUACCCGUUUCCAAUAUUAAUAAAUUCGUCUUUUCUCAAGUUAGCAGAAUUUUUCCGGAUUGGAUCAAACUUAUCUCGGUUAUGGGUACUGCGUGUUUGUCAACAGAGUGAAAAACAUCUGGAGAAGAUUGUAAACGUUGACGAGUUUGUCAAGCGAAUUUUUAUGGUGAUCCAUUCGAAUGACCCAGUAGCACGAGCGCUUACGCUAAGAACUCUUGGUGCUGUAGCUUGCGUUAUUCCCGAAAAACAACAAGUACAUCAUGCAAUUCGAAAUGCUUUGGAUAGUCAUGACACAGUUGAAGUGGAAGCUGCCAUAUAUGCUAGCGUUCAAUUUGCCGCUCAAUCGAAGACUUUCGCAAUAGGAAUGUGUUCCAAAGUAGCAUCCAUGAUUGAAUCAUUACAAACCCCCGUGAGCAUGAAAAUACUACUGAUACCGGUAUUGCGCCACAUGUAUCACGAUGCAAAUACGGCCGCUUUGGUUAAAACACUAUGCCGCAAUUUAUUGCCAAAAUAUCCAUCCGAACAGUUCGUAAUUGCCAUCAUUCAAUCACUAUCACACCUCUCGUACGUCACUUCAGUAGAUAUCCCUGACCAAGUUGAUUUGCUGUUGGGCUAUUUGAUUGACCCUAGGAAACGAGUGCAGCUAGCGGUGCUGCAGUCUUUGAACAAGUUAGCCGAGAGGGGAGCUUAUUUAUGGCCCAAAUGGGCUAUCAAUAAAUUGCUGAAGUUGACAAUGCAAUGUAGCUACCCUAACAUUGCAUUGGAUGUGAUGGUAACGCUUACGGGCUGUCCAACAACUUGCCACACAAUGUUGAACGAAGAAAGGAAUCAACUGUUGGAGGUGUGUAAGCACUGCUUAUUGUUGGAACAGAACACCGGAGGAAAAGCACUCACGAUCCUGACAAGAUUGGUCUCCUAUUGUCGUACCGAGAACAUUCCACCACCGAUAUGUUUUAUUGAGCAUCUCAACAUGAAUCUGGAAUAUCUCAUUCACUCUGCGUUACACAAUAAAGCGCCACUGAAAGAUUUCAAAAUAUAUUUAAGAUGUGGCAUACAGCUAUCGAAAAUAAAUCAAGAAUUUGGUGAAAAUUUUGCGGAAACCUUGGCAGAGCUACUGGUGGAGGACUCAGAAUACUCCGUUCCUCAUCUCAAGCUGAUAUGUGAAGCGCUUGGGGCUAUUUGUUCGAGUUUUUCUACGAGCUAUCAAAUCGCACAGAACCAAACCGAUGAAAUUCAUCAUCCAUUGAAAGCUAUUUUAAUUCCCAUAUUGACCAAACUGGAAUCCUACAAUGAAGCAUCCACACUGGAUCGUAAUGAUACGUGUGUGAUUGAGUUACUUGUUUCGAUCAGUUUACAAGCGAUGCUCGGUUCGUUGAUGAAUGAAAGGGUGAUGCAGAUUUACAAUAACUUGCUCAAAUUUUUGAACUAUUGGACGCAGUACAGAAUCGCCAGGUCAGCUUCAAGAUACGGUCAGCACUUUCUUGCUGCAUUAAUAUAUCAAAAACUUUGUAAGCAUGUUUCCCUCGAAAAGCUGCAUUUCUAUUUGACAGCUAUGUUCCAAAUAUCCAAAGCGGAAUGUAUGUUGAAUUACGACGCGGAAUACGAACAACUCGUGUUAGAUUUUCCAGGUAAUUUACAGCCAGAUAAUUCAAAGUCAUCUUUGUUAGAUCGUUUGGAAAAGGCAAUAAAUUUGUAUUGCAUGGCGCAGUCUACAUUGAAGGCUACAUCAUCUCCCCAACAUCCCAUGAAUUUUCAAUUGGAAGUUAUCAAUCUGCGGUGCCAAUUUCUACAAGUUUUACAUGGUAUUGUUGUAUCAAGAAAUACGUUAUGCAUCACUCCACCCUCCGCCAUUUCAAAUACUCUGGCACAAAAUCUACGGGAUCCGCUACAGAAAUUUGGACACGUAACUAAUCAGCUUCGGAAAAACGUUAAAAUACUUAAAUCUUGUGAAGAAGCCUACUGCAAGCUGUAUAAGAGUUCUUUCGAUGCCGACCCUUGUACGCUGGAAUACCUCAAUAUCAUACAACAUCUGUGCUCAAUCAUGCAGACGUCGAUAGAGACGAUAUCGUUUACAACACCAACCGAUUCUGCCAAUCAUCCCCCGAAUUGCUCCUAUCCAGAAACUAGAUAUUUGCUUUUCAUCUGCCAGACGGUAUCGAAACAGAUGCAGACGUUUCCCAACGAAAUAAGUUCGACAAAGUCAAUCACCAAUAAGCAUAUGGACAUGCUUCUCAGACAAAUCGAAAUUGUUAUCAAAUCUGCCCAUUGUAUGCCAAGAUUUUUCUUUCAAGUCUUGCAAAAUACCUCUGUGAAGCUGGCUCUGACCCCUCAGCCACGUAUUGCUGGGGAACCAAUAUUGGUGCCACCCAACAGCAAUUUGGUAGUGAAAGUAGAAGGUGUUAUACAGCAUUAUGGUAAAAAGCCGUCAUUGUUUCGUUCUAUAGAGAGUGUCCAAAUAACAUUAUCUACCCAGUAUGUGACAGCGAGAAUGAACGAUAUUAAGAUAAAUACAGAGAACACUGUGCUGACCCAAAUAGUGAAACCCCAUCGGGAUUUUCUGAGCGGCAACUUUUUACUGUCGUUGAAUAAUGCAGUUCAAGCUUAUCCUGGGGCGAGCGUAUCGAGCGGCGGACAAUGGCAAGUGACCCUGGAAACAUGCGUUAUCGAUCAUGAUGGGAUAGUUUGGACUGCUGGACCAAAAAGCGUUCUACACGUGCGCAUCCCCGAAGAUAAUCAUAAGCAGAGCAUGAACGUACAAUCUUCUGCGCGACGAUUUUAACAAUUGUUUAUUUAAAUAUACAUUCAAUAUAUUGUAAACUGACCA